UAUCACAGUUAGCGCGACAUCGAAAUCGUCAUCAUCAGCUAGUCUUCUUUGUCGAACCUUAGGUCCAAAGGUGAAGUCAGGAAACUGUGAACUAAGCGGGUAAACAGGGUUCCCCUCUUCGUCCCAUCGCCCGUAGCAGUCCCCCGCUGGAGGAGAUAAAGAAAAUAGAAAAAUCGAAACGAGGCUCGUUUCGCCAGCAGGCGGCCAAUUGCAGCACAAACAGAGCAGAGGCUCACGUGCAUUCUAAGAUCGUGAGCUUCACAGGCGUUCGACUACAGGUAAUGUUACUUCUUCAUCACACCAUCAGCAAUCGCUAUUCCUGCUGCUACGCCUGGCGCUUCUAAUGCAAGAACAACCUGCGUGCUCCAUGCUCAGCCUUCCUCGGCCUCGACAGCUUUUCAGACACAGCAGGGCGAGUGUGUGAAUUCUCUUUAUGGGAGGGAGGAUUCAGCGUUGCGCAGCGAAGCAGCUCCUUCGGGUGCGCGCUGGCCGCUGCGAGAGCGGCCGAGCAGCAGCUAGUGGACCGAGUGAGACCUCUAGGUGAUGGGACUACCCCCUCAAAAGCCCGCAGACUAGCAAGCUAGUGCGUCAGUCUUCAUCGAUCGGCGGUCUUCUGCGCACGCACGACGACCGGUAUUAAAAAUGAGGGCGCGUGCAGUGGCGUUAUGUGUAGUGAUUUCAACUAGUGCGCUUGUGUUAGCGGCCCCAACCACGCAAGGUAUCCAAGAUUUCGAUCAAGGCGCCAAUCAACUUUCCAGAAGGGAAGUUGUACCAGAUAUAUCAGGAAGUCUCGCAGUCAAGGCUGCGGUUCAGGCCCAGGAAACAUCGAUCGUAAAUCAAAGGACCGCGGAGCUUGAAUUUGCUCCUGCUUAUCCUGUGCCGCAUUCCCAGCAGAAAUCUGUCGAGGAUCUUACUGGUGUAGACCAUGUUCUUCAAGCUCAUGCAGAAGGGGGCUCUUCAGAAGCGCAGGGCCUUAUUACACGGGUAUCGGAAUUGUUGAAAUCUGCAGCCUAUGUCAAGGAUGUCACUCAGUCGCUGCCUAGCAGCGUGGCAGAAAAUAUCGUGACCCCUCUCCUUGUCUUGUUCAAUACGGUUGGCGUCAAAGAGAAUACCUUAUUUAAGGAGGGCAAAGCAAGACGGCUUGUUGUACCCACACUCGUCACCUACGAGGUUCGGCAGAGCAUAUUUUCGGAACUGGAUGAAAUCCGACAGAAUGAGCGCUUCUGGGACGAAAUAGAUAAUUAUGUGGAUACUGCCUGCACAAGACUCAAGCGUUAUAUCGGUAGGCAACGACCACAAAUCAAGCCCACCUCAGGUAGCUCUACUACUUUGGCACCGGAGCUUUUAAGAGCUGCGGUUGUUCCAAAAAGUCCGAAAAUCGAAAACUCGCUUAGUACCACGACCACGAUGCCAGCGUCUCCCACAGUCCAUGCAGUUACAGCUCCCGCUGAAGGUAGGUCAGAUAUGCAGAGCGUGACAUUUAGUACAACUAUUGUGCCGUCCAUAGCAUCGACUUCUCAACCGCCAAUCACCCAAGCAACAGCUGCUCCAGAUACUUCCUUUACCACGUUAAACAGCGUAGCCAAACUCAGCCCAAAGGGACUCAAACCAGAAGCUUCGGUGCCCGAGCUGCAGGCUUCGGCUCAGGCCAGAGCAGAAAAGGUGGAGACUAUUGAUCAUUCUCAAGCUAUUAAUCAGGUCGAACAGCUGAGCGGCAACCAAAAGCGAACUCAACAAACCGUUUUGCCCACUAUGAGUGAACCUUUAAGCAAUGCACAAAUUGCAGCAGAAACAACGUCGUUCCCUGAGGCUGCUCUGAAGCCCGUUGUAACUACGAAUACCGAUCUAGAAAAUCUUCACGAAAAACCCAAGAAACCGGCUGAUGAAGACGUUCCCGUUUACUCUGCCGAACAACUGCCAAAACGUUCCCCAGUUAGCCAAGGAAAACCAACCGAUUCACUGGAGUUGACACCUGAGCUUCCAACAGGCAUGGCCGCAACUCCCGAAGUACCUGUAACCGCCGUAGUCACUAAAAUAUUUGCGCAAGAAGUCCCGUCUACUGUUCAGCCUGACGUGAGCCAACAAAUAAUCGUCCCCUUAGUGCCGGCCGAAUCUUCCCAUGGACCGGCCGUUGCGGAAAAACCAGCCGCCGCUAUAAUUUCAGGACAGAUUACUAUCGAAGCUGCGAAACCUCCACCCGUUACGUCCGGCAUUGACCCAACCGGCAGCCCUAUCGGUUCGCCGAACGAUGUUAAUGCCUCUCAUGUUCCUACUUCUCAUGUGGUGUCCCAAUUAGAUCACCCUACUAUCACAGCGAAGUCGGUGAAUCCAGCCAUUGUCACUAGUUCAGUUCCUAUCGUUUCACAAGCCACGAGUGUAAUGUCGCUGCAAGAGCCUGGAUCAGCUGCCACGGUUACAUCUCAUUCUGUGGGUGCUGCCGCAAAUACGCAGACGGCUAUUCCCAUCCAACCUUUAAUCGCUUCGCAACGCGAGUCUGAGAUGACCGUACCCGGACCAGUCGUGCAAACAUUUAAUUCGUUGAAAACCCUACCAAAACAACUGAGUGGAGAUGCGGCCGCUGACACUGUCAUUAACAAACCUGUUGCUGCACCACUGUCCGUAAAGGGCGUUGCGCCUCAAACGGAGACCGAAGUGCCCAAACUCGAGGGGCAGAAACAGCUCAUUUAAUGAAUAGCUCCAACCGCAGCUGAACAGAUGAAAGUAGCUCAAGCUAUUCAUUGCAAACAGACCGCGAACAGCUUCGGUAAUUCAUAAUAACUCCUAUGUCAGGAAUUGUGUUUGUCUAUGGAGAACAUAAUUAGCAAUCUGUAAUCAUCAAGUAGGGAGAAGUGUUAGAAAUAAUUUCCUCGUAGAUAAAUAAAUGACCAAAUUCACAUGAGCCAGUCACAGGUUAAAAAGGAAUGCCAAAAAUAAACGCAAUGCUUUAGCCAUAAGA